CAAUUCGUCCAUCCCUAAACCAGUUCGAGUUUCCCCCAAUUUGACAGCAAUUUUGUUAAUUUCAUCUUGAAAAGCAGAAAAACUGGGAUUUAAUAACAAAAAUGUCGCAGCGCUAAGGUGAAAACCAGCACUGUCUGCCCAAAAGGCAAAGCAAGCAGCGGAUAGCGCCGAAAAGUGUUCGACAUCAGCCUGCGGAGCCAGUGAAUCACUAGUAGAUAAAGACAUUGGAUUGGCCAGUGGAGCGCCCGCUGGAGGAGCAGCCACCAUAGCAGCCCCAUCGAUCGCCCCCAAUCCGCUCCCGCUCCAGCUCCAGGUGGAGGUGACCUCGACGCCUCGAGACACGCGCGCCCUUGCCGAAGUGGUGGCCCACAUAAAUAGCAUGGGAAACGACGAACAUCGGCGGCGGAAGACUCCUUGCGGAUUUUGCAUGGCGGUCUUCAAGUGGAUCCCGGUGCUGUUCAUCACCGCGGUGAUAGCCUGGUCCUACUACGCCUACGUGGUGGAGCUGUGCAUCCGCAACACGCAGAACACCAUUGGCAUGAUCUUCAUGCUGCUGUUCUACCACCUGUUUCUCACCCUGUUUAUGUGGUCCUACUGGCGCACCAUUAUGACCUCCGUGGGCCGAAUACCGGAUCAGUGGAGAAUACCGGACGAGGAAGUGACGCGACUUUUCCGGGCCGACAGCCCGGACACCCAGAAACGCAUUCUCAACAACUUUGCACGAGACUUGCCAGUCACUAAUCGCACAAUGAACGGCUCGGUGCGGUUCUGCGAAAAGUGUAAGAUCAUCAAGCCGGACCGUGCGCACCACUGCAGCGUGUGCAGCUGCUGCGUGCUGAAAAUGGACCACCACUGCCCCUGGGUGAACAACUGCGUCAACUUCUACAACUACAAGUACUUUGUACUGUUCCUGGGCUACGCCCUCGUCUACUGCCUGUAUGUGGCUUUCACCUCGCUGCACGACUUUGUCGACUUCUGGAAGGUAGGUGCCUACGAUAAUAAUGGUUACUCGGCACAGGGACAGCUGAACGCCAGCGGAAUGGGUCGUUUCCACAUCUUGUUCCUGUUCUUCAUCGCCAUAAUGUUUGCCAUUAGUUUGGUGAGUUUGUUUGGCUACCACAUCUACCUGGUGCUGAUGAAUCGCACGACACUGGAGUCAUUUAGGGCUCCGAUCUUCAGAGUUGGCGGCCCCGACAAGAAUGGCUACAACUUGGGCCGCUAUGCCAAUUUCUGCGAGGUAUUCGGCGACGACUGGCAGUACUGGCUCCUGCCCGUCUUCUCCAGUCGCGGUAGUGGCUACAGCUAUCCGACCUCCAGCGACCAGAGUCGAGUGUCCACCGCCUCGCCCGUCCAGCGGUACGAUGCCAUGGGGGAUACGGCCACCAGCAGGUUAGAUGGCAACCCAACAGAUAAGUUGAUUGGCGCUAGUCCCCUCGACUCCACUAACCAUCACCACAACCCAUCGCCUCAUCAAGUAAGAAGCACCAGCGCCCAGCCCAGCCAGCAGUUGCAGUUGCAGGUGCAGCCACCUCCACAAUUCCGGGACGAGCUGGACGAGCGGCCGGAUCAACUGGCAAACGGCCAGUCAUUAAACUGCAGCACGGCAGCAGUGAGGUCUAGUCAGGCCGCGGAUGGAGCAGCCAAUGGGGCGGCCGUAUACAUCGACAUGAUCGGGGACCAUCCGUUGGCCGGCACUGCUCUCGCCAAGGAUUACCCACGCCCGCCGAACGGCGAUCUGCCAGUUUGAAUUUCUCCCACUUACCAUGUUUCUGUAGAAUGUAUUAUGUGUUUGUACUAUAUAUAGCCGGGUAAACUGCCAGACCUGUCAUCUUUGCAGUUUGUAGUAAGCCAAUAAGUUACCUCUAUGCAAUUCAUGAACGGUUUAGUGUAGGCUAUUUAAAUGUUUAAAUGGCUGGGACCACAAUUCAUAUCCACCACAUAGUUACAUUCGACUAAGCUAACAUUAAGCAAUAUGUAAUUGGUUAUACACAAGCAUUUAUCGCCGUUUUAAUCGAUCGAAUUUUGUAAUGGAAAUUAGAAGAAUCGAAUUUGAGGGAUCCUGGUAGUUAAGACGGUUGCGCCGUUCAGAGAUUUGUACCUUGCUGUAACACACAUUCAUGGAACCAAUCAUCCUUGUAGAUACCAACCGAUCUUCAAGACUUAAUAAUGAUAAGCAACGAGAUUUCCCUUCACACGAUUAUCACACACGAAAUUCUGGCAUUUCUCAAUGCUUUUAAUUUAUGUAGUUAGUUAGUUACUGUUUGCAAGUUGAUUUUUAUACUUUUUAUUCUUUUGUACACCAAUUAUACCUAAAUACAUAUCUUAUUGAAUGUCUACUUCGAGUGACGAACUUAA